AUGGAAAUAGAAAAAUAGUAAUAGCCUGCUUUGAAUAUAGUUUUACCAGGAGAGUAAAUAGAUUUGAGCUAGCUUACAGGAUAGCUUUAAAUCGAUGAAAAAUCGUUUACAUUGACCACUGAUAAUUAAUUAUACUCAAAUAAAUCAGGUGUUUUAGUUGAUACCUAGCUAAAAGAUGGGUCCUGUGGUUUAACAGUCAAAGCUUACGCUCAAAAAUAUUAUGCAGAAGUUGAUGAUUAUGUUAUUGGAGUAAUUAAGGGUAGAGUAUAAGAAUAUUAUUUGGUUGAUAUUGGAGCUUAAGAAGAUGCAUUAUUAUCUUUUUAUGGCUUUGAAGGUGCCACUAAAAAGAAUAGACCAAAUUUAAGAGAUGGAUCUUUGAUAUUUUGCAGAGUUACUGAAGCAAAUAAAUAUAUGAAAAUUAAAGUUGAUUGUAUUCAUCCUAAAAUUAAAAAGUAGUGGAUGACUGGAGAAUCAUUUUUUGGAUAGUUAAAAGACGGUAUGGUUUCUAAUAUCUCAAUUGAAUAUGCAAGGAGUAUAAUAGGAUAAGGAGACUUCGUAUUUAGAGCAUUUAAAAAAUACAUUAAAUCUUUUGAGACAGCAAUAGGUUCAAACGGUAAAGUUUGGAUCAAAACACUCUAACCAUAAAAUACAAUUUUGAUCCUUAACGUGCUUAAUAAAUGUGAGAAUAUGUCUAUCGAAUAAAUUAAAGUUUAUGUUGAUUAAAUCUCUCCUUUGCUUGUAAAAGAAUGA